UCAUUCCGCAGCAUAUCAAUUAGGCCUUCCUUCUCUCUCUCUGGAUUCGUCUUUCUUCGUUCCAAAAACCCACCCAACAACACAAUCCAUCUCAGCAUCUGCACCAAACGCUCCUCUCAGACACACACGCACAUCACCUGUUCGACGAAUUUCCUAAAAGAAGAAUACAAGACCCAAACACGUAUAUUUAUACUGCUAAAUGGACGAACGCUUCGAAGACGACGACGAGGACUUCGGCGACUGCCUAACCUCUGUCAGCAAUAGCCCCCCUCACCGCAAGAUCUACUCCUACAGCCAGAAGCUCGGCGACGCCGGCCACGGCAUGGGCCAGCACGAAACCAAGUACUGCCUCGACCAGGCCAACGUCUCUCGCCCCGUCGUCCGCGAUCCCAUCUACGACUCCUCUUCGGAGGACGAGCUGUCGAUCCAUCCUCAGCCUGCCAGCGAACGAUUCGAAUUCAUGAGCAGGUUCCUUGACCGGACCCUGUCCGAUUCCUCCUCCGACAACGAUCUCAACGGGCUGCCGGAAUUCGUCGGCAGUGGUGGAGGGACCGGGAUUUUCAAGCUCCCAGUCCGUGCAGCUAUGCACCCUGGUCGCCCACCCUCGCUGGAGCUGCGGCCGCACCCGCUGCGAGAGACCCAGGUGGGAUCGUUCCUCAGGACAAUAGUGUGUACGGACCAGCAGAUUUGGGCGGGGCAGGAAUCGGGCGUGCGAUUUUGGAAUUUCAACGACAAGUUCGAGCCAAGCGCACGGUUGCAGUCAAACGGAGACGAGGAAGCUGCGCCUUUCCAUGAAUCUUCGCAUACGUCACCAACGCUGUGUAUGAUUGCAGAUGCUGGGAAUCGGUUGAUUUGGAGUGGGCAUAAGGAUGGGAAGAUACGAUCGUGGAAGAUGGAUCAGAAUUUGGAUGGUAGUACUUUCAGGGAAGGGAUGAUGUGGCAGGCACACCGUGGUCCUGUUCUUUCCAUCGUUAUGACUGCUUAUGGUGACAUUUGGUCAGGUUCUGAAGGUGGCGCCAUUAAGGCCUGGUCCUGGGAAUCUUUGGAAAAAUCUCUGUGUUUAACAGUGGAAGAAAGACAUAUGGCUGCCUUAUUAAUGGAGCGGUCAUAUAUUGACCUCAGGAACCAGGUCAAUGUGGGCGGUGUUUGUUCCUUAGCAGCUGCAGAUGUGAGAUAUUUGUUGUCUGAUAAUUCUAGAGCAAAGGUGUGGAGUGGUGGGUACCUAUUCUUUGCACUGUGGGAUGCUCGCACACAGGAGCUUUUGAAAGUAUUUAACAUAGAAGGUCAGGUUGAGAAUCGUAUCGAUGCCUCAUCAGCUCAGGAUCCUUCUAUAGAAGAAGAGAUGAAGAUAAAGUUUGCUUCCAUAUCAAAGAAGGAGAAAUCUCAGGGCGCUUUAAAUUUCUUUCAACGCUCACGUAUUGCUCUGCUGGGAGCAGCUGAUGCAGUCCGUCGAGUUGCAGCGAAGGGGGCUUUUGGAGAUGAUAAGAGAACUGAAGCACUGGUCAUAUCGGUAGAUGGGAUGAUUUGGACUGGGUGUGCCAAUGGAGCGCUCGUGCAGUGGGAUGGAAAUGGCAAUCGGUUACAAGAAUUCCAUCACCAUUCCUUUUCUGUUCAAUGUUUUUGUACUUUUGGGACACGAUUGUGGGUAGGCUAUGUAAGCGGCACUGUCCAGGUAUUGGAUCUUGAGGGCAAUCUUCUUGGAGGAUGGGUUGCUCACAGCAGUCCUGUUAUAAAAAUGGCCGUUGGUGGUGGCUAUGUUUUUACAUUGGCUAAUCAUGGUGGCAUUCGGGGAUGGAACAUGACAUCUCCAGGGCCUGUUGACAACAUAUUAAGAACAGAAUUGUCCAACAAAGAACUGCUAUAUACAAAAUUAGAAAAGCUGAAAAUAUUGACAGGCACUUGGAAUGUUGGACAAGAAAGGGCCUCUUCUGACUCACUUAUAUCAUGGCUGGGUUGUGCAGCAUCAGAGGCUGGCAUUGUUGUUGCUGGGUUGCAAGAGGUGGAAAUGGGUGCUGGAUUUCUUGCAAUGGCAGCUGCAAAAGAAACUGUAGGACUUGAGGGGAGUGCUAAUGGGCAGUGGUGGCUGGAUGCUAUUGGGAAGACGUUGGAUGAAGGAACAACUUUUGAACGCGUAGGAUCUAGGCAGUUGGCAGGGUUGCUUAUAUCUGUAUGGGCUAGGAAGAAUCUUAGACCACACAUUGGAGAGGUCGAUGCUGCAGCAGUACCAUGUGGGUUUGGGCGUGCAAUCGGUAACAAGGGAGCUGUAGGUUUGAGGAUGAGAGUCUAUGAUCGGAUAAUAUGUUUUGUAAAUUGCCAUUUUGCUGCGCAUUUAGAAGCAGUCAAUCGCCGCAAUGCUGAUUUUAAUCAUGUUUACCGAACAAUGGUCUUCAGCCGACAAUAUAAUGGACUUAAUGCAGUGAAUGUUGGUGCUUCAUCUUCUGUUCAAUCGCUUCGUGGCACAAAUACUGUUACACUCUACUCUGAUGAUGGAAGGCCCGAAUUAGCUGAAGCGGACAUGGUGGUAUUUCUUGGUGAUUUCAAUUACCGCCUUCAUGGAAUAUCUUAUGAUGAAGCAAGAGACUUUGUGUCUCAAAGAUCCUUUGACUGGCUUAGAGAAAGGGAUCAACUCAGAGCAGAAAUGGAAGCUGGCAAAGUCUUUCAAGGGAUGCGUGAAGGGCACAUAAAGUUCCCUCCCACAUAUAAGUUUGAAAGGAACCAACCUGGUUUGGCAGGAUAUGAUUCCAGUGAGAAGAAGCGCAUUCCUGCCUGGUGUGACAGAAUAUUAUUUCGUGAUAGUCGUUCUGCGUCAGCUGCUGAGUGCACAUUAAAAUGCCCUGUAGUUUCUUCAAUUUCACAGUAUGAUGCUUGCAUGGAUGUGACAGACAGUGAUCACAAGCCCGUUAGGUGCAUUUUCAGUGUUGAUAUUGCACGUGUAGAUGAAUCAAUAAGGAGACGAGAGUUUGGAGAAAUAAUCAGAUCAAAUGAGCAAAUAAUAUCUUUACUCCAAGUAUUAUGCAACAUUCCAGAAGCUAUUGUUAGCACCAACAACAUAAUAUUUCAAGACCAGGACACCUCAAUUCUCCGAAUCACCAACAAGUGUGUGAAGGAAAAGGCCAUGUUUGAAAUAAUUUGUGAAGGUCAAACCACCAUCAAGGAAGAUGGAUCUGCAUCUGAUGAAUAUCAUGUCAGAGGUUCCUUUGGCUUUCCCCGCUGGCUCGAGGUAACUCCAGCAGCUGGUGUAAUCAAACCUGGCCAAAUUGCAGAAGUCUCUGUGCACCAUGAGGACUUCCAAACCUUUGCUGAGUUUGUCGAUGGAUAUCCACAGAAUUGCUGGUGCGAAGAUAGUAGAGACAAGGAAGUUAUAUUGGCUGUGAAAAUUACAGGCCGUUUCUCAACUGAGGCUAGAACUCAUCGAGUCCGUGUGCGCUAUUGUUUAUCAUCACAGAUGGCACGCAGCAAUUCGGAAGCUAGUUCUAGAAGAAUUCAAUCAAACAUUUUACACAGGUCCGAUUUUCGCCACCUUGGCAGCACAGUAGAUGUGGUCGAUGACUUGCGUAACUUGCAUUGUCUCCCAUGAAGGGAAAUCUGUAAAGAUGGCCAGUUCAUGUUUCAAUCUGGUAAAGACAGCCGAUAUCCCAAGCCUACACAACUGUGUUGCUGGACCGCAUCCCACACACCCCCCCUUGUAAAUGCCACCACCAUCAUGGAGCUUGGCUGUUGUUCAUGUUUGUCUGAGUGAAUUCAAUUUCCUUUAUCACUGUCCCAUUGUCAUGCAAAUUCUUUAAAUGUUCCGUCCUCUCUCACCUGGUCUUUUCUCCAAGUUUUGAGUCAAUACAUGUAAUCAAUAGAUUUUUAGUAUUCUUGUAGGGACCAUUCUUCGGAUGUGUAUAAUAACAGAAACUGUAGCAAGAGUGGGGUUUUAUUUUUAUUUUUAUUUAUGAUUAUUAUUAUUAUU